AUGUCCGAUAAUCCGUUGCCAGCUGGAUGGGAAAAGCGCGCCAGUCGCACUAGCGGUGAGAAACUAUAUAUGCAAAAAUUUGAAAACAAACUUCAGAUCGCGCCUACUAUUUCAACACGGUCACCGGCCGCAGUCAAUGGGAAAGACCGGAUGCGUCCGCUUUCGGAAAGGUACUUUUGAACCACCGGUCAAUUUUUCCACAUAAAAAACCUUUGAAUUGCCCAAAAAAACUCCAAAAUGUCAAUAUUGUUCAUUUUUUGCAGGGAAGCGAACUGGAGAAGGUGCAUUGCCUGCAUCUGCUCGUCAAGCACUCGGGAAGCCGCAAUCCGUCGUCGUGGCGUUCGGAUAAUAUCACCAGAUCCAAAGAGGACGCCAUCAACAUUCUCAAGGGUCGGUUUCGGAGAGAAGUCAUGAAAUGUCUAGAGAAAUCCAUUUGUUUAGGCUACGAAAAGGAGCUGAAAGGGUCGUCGAACGUCGAAGGCUCCUUCCGUGAGCUCGCCAAACAGUUCAGCGAUUGCAGCUCGGCGAAACGUGGCGGAGAUCUCGGGGUAGGGGAUUUUUCUGAAAAAUCUGGUAAAAAUCUGACUUUUGACUCACUUGCAAUUCUCCGAUCGUUCCCAAACUUUGCAGACUUCUUGGACUUGGACUGAAGUAUAUUGGGUCCAAGUUUCAGACCGAUCGGAUCAUCUGGUCCCGAGAUAUGUGGAUCAGAGGCCGGAAAUGGGGUAUAUCUCGGGACCAGAUUAUUUUAUCUGUCUGAAACUUGGACCCAACAUACUUCAACCCUAGCUCAAGAAGCCUGCAAAGUUUGGUCCCGAUCCGAUCAUUUCGAGUUGGUCAAAAGUGCAGGCCUCAUAAAGCCGUACCGUUUUUUCAGCCGUUCAAACGUCGUCAGAUGCAAAAGGCGUUCGAGGACGCGUCGUUCGCACUGGAAAUCGGCGAGAUGUCGGGCGUGGUGGACACGGAUUCGGGCGUUCACCUCAUCUACCGCAUCGAUUGA